AUGUCAUCUGUUGCAAUCACUUCCACAGAGACGUUGGCUUCUCCUCCUCCACAUCUUCAGGGUGAAGCAGAGCUCGAGUCACUCAAGCUUUCACAUGCUCUCCGCCAACAACCCAUCUCCGUGACUCUUGAUGGAAAAAACAUAUUCUUGUCUUCCAUCGCCCUUGUCCUACUUAUUCACUUUCUUGAUGCAUAUCAUGCCCAGGCUCUCGUGGCUCUCGUCCCCGUUGUCCUACUAAUUCACAACGAUUACGUGAACUUCCUCAACUUGGGCCCCGGCGGUACACCUUCAACCUUUGCCGGCUACCUCCGUAUAUCCUGGUUUCGCAUUUGGGCCCUAAGAAACCCAUACGAUGCGCCAGAACCUGAUCCUCUGCGCCUCCCAACGUCAGGUGUCCUCCGUCGCCAACGACUCCCAUACCGCGCAGGUCCACGCCCUACCGUUGCUGGAAUCGCUCCUCAACGACAACUCGACCAACAUGGAUCUUACGAAUGCUACCGAUCUGUCCGCUGGUCCAUGGCAAAACUGGCAAACCGUAACCCAAAGAAGUUCGGCACUGAGAGGUCGUGCGUUGAGAAGCAUGGUUUAGCAUUGUUCGCCAGACAUCCUGUACAGACAAGUUGUCAGGGUGAGAUAUGCCACAUCCAUGACUCAGAUCACUCCAUGCACAUGUGUCUGCACCCUGACGAUAUCAAAGAGGUGUUGGAAAAAGGGUGGGGCCAAAGACAUCCACUGGCUUGGACAGGCCGAUUUAUCAAGAGCCCAGUCUCUCCUGACUUUGUCAUGGUUUACGCCCCACGAGAUGACGAAGAGUUACAGGUGAUCUGCAACAUUAUUGAGGCUGCUAUAUGGUAUACAGUCGCCGAAGAACUUGAAAUGGGCAUCAGUCCCAAAUCUACGUAA